AUGUCUCCAUCCACACCAUCAGCACGAAAAAUCGCCCUACCAAAGACUUCCUUCCUCAAUCUCCCCGCCGAACUGCGAAAUGAAGUCUAUCGUCUUUCCUUGAUCGGCGACACACCUAUCCCCAUCCGCUUCAAGGCGCCAUGCGUACCACAGCCGAGCCUCUCGAUGGCGAACAAGCAGAUCCGCACAGAGUGCCUCUCGAUCUUCUACGGCGAGAAUGUCUUCUGGACUACCCAGGCGUUUACGGUGGACGCCUGGUUUAUGCACAUGGAUGGGAAGCAGCUGGCUCAGGUUCGCGAGGUUCGUUUGCAGCCAUGUGCGCAGCUGGAGCCUUCGGCACUGAUCAAAGCGAUUAUGGGUCGACACACAGGACGAGGGCUGAAGGAAGAUGUGAUGAAAAUGGAAGUCGGUGCUGAAUGGUUCUCCGUGAGAGAUGCACGCGAGAAGGCGCCGUCGUUGUUGGAGCAGGCGGGCAUUGCAGAGAUAUCCGACAUGCUUAUGGAGAUCAUCUGA